AUGGUUCAGGUUUUCAGCGUCCCUGCCUUUUUUAUUCUCUUCCGAGAGACGCUGGAAGCGUCGAUCAUUCUGUCAGUGAUGAUGUCGUUGCUGACGAAGAUCAUCGACGACAAGGCCAUGAGGCGGAAAAUGCAGAAGCAGGUCUGGGCAGGAGUCGUGGCCGGGGUGGUCCUGUCGCUCUGCGCCGCCGCCGUUUUCCUAUCGCUCUACUACACGGUGGCCAAGAAGGCGUGGGACAGCUCGGAGUCGCUGUGGGAGGGAAUUCUGGGCAUGAUUGCGGUGGUGCUCAUCACUCUCAUGGCAUUCUCCAUGAUCCGGAUCGACACUUGGAGGGCCAAGUGGGAGAAGAAGCUCACCAAAGUGACGACGGACUCGGUGGAGAAGCAUGCGAGUGGCGAGCUUCAGAGCAAGAAGAGCAAGUACGCGCUCUUCCUGAUCCCGUUCACGGUGGUGGUCCGCGAGGGCGUGGAGGCCGUCAUCUUCCUGGGGGGCAUCGGCCUCGAAGGCUCGGGCACGGCUUACCCUCUGGCUGCAGUCACGGGCGCCGCUUGCGGAAUUCUGGUUGGGUUUCUUCUUUACAAGGGAGGAAAUCACGUGGCGUUCAAGUGGUUUUUGGGAGCGUCGACGGUGCUCCUGCUGGUGAUCGCAGCUGGGCUUUUCUCCGGAUCCGUGCAUGAGUUCGAGGAGUACACGGAGAACGAGGACUUUGUGUGGCAGCUGCAUUGCUGUCACGAAGAUGAUGACGGCAUCUGGAAACUGCUGAACGCCGUGGUGGGAUGGAGAGAUGAGGCCACAGUCGGGACGUUGACAUCGUAUUUCCUGUACUGGGGCUUUGUGCUAGUAGCACUGCUCGUGCUGCGCUUGAAGUGGAAGCGAGAUGCAGAGAGGGAUGCCAUUCGUGAUGCUGAACAAUCCAGGAUGGCGAACACUAGAGCUGGAACUUCUUCUGUCUAA